ACCACAGCUAAACCGAUGCCAACAUUUCAGCAGUCAACACUUGUCAUAGCCUCUAGCACAAAGUCUUUGAGGCUUCAAGUCCAUCAUCGAUAGGCGGCGCACAACGAGCCAACCAUAUUGGAGAACGCGAGAAAAGAAAUUAAGAAAAAAAUAAAAUACAAGCGAAAAUGCGAUUCGAGAAUGCGACCAAAAAGUUUGUCCACGCACAAAUAUCGAGGAGGCAUGCGCCAGAAUCAACCUGUGUAACCACCAUUGAAAUCUCCAGUCUCGCCAUACUAUCUGCGAGCCGCCUACCUACCUUACCAGUACUCUUCACUCCCCCGAGGGUUGUGCCGACUUGUUCGCUGCUUCUGACCUGUAUUCAAAUCAUUCGCAAUCCGUUGGGCGGCUCCGUUGGGGGAAGCUUCGUGGCGUUCCCUGGCUUUUCCUCACCUCGUACCACAGAUACCCCCUAUCUCGUAUUCAUCAUGGAGGAACCAAAGUUUACGAAUCCUCGCAACCGCUCGCUUUUCCUCAUCCACGAUCGCUUCUGAAUAGAGUCUUCCAUAAGCCGCAUAUGAUGUUGUUGUUUCUCCUUGUGGCCGCACGGAUACGGCAUACAGUGCGCGGUACCUGCAUCUGCAUCUGGACCCCUGGCCUGGGCUCCAAUUCUUGGGGGCCCUUCAUGGAGUUCGUGGGGCGGUUACACUUUCAAGUUUCGCUACCAUGGCCGGCCCCCGGGCGAAGAACCAAACGAAACGUGCGGACGAGACGGACGGG